AUGUCUGAUUAUUUUUUUAUUUAUGAUGUUUUUUUCAUUUCUGAAGAAUUAUUACUACCAUUAACGAAUGAAGCUGCGGUUGAAUUGUUGAAAAUUAUUGAUGAAGGGAAUCAAAAUUUCAAUUUAUUUUAUUAUGUUCAACCAUUUACCCCGAAAAUUUGUAAUGUCACGUUUGCGUUCCAGUGUGUACAACAACUGCGUGAAUUUUAUAAGAUAGAAUCACAAUCCCUUUCUUUUAAUCAACCUUUUACCUUUGAAAAUGAUCAAGCAUUUGACUCUCGAAAUGGUAAAAAAUAUUUAUUGUCGAAAUCACUUAAAUUUCAAUUUAAGGACGAAGUCGAAGAGAUUAUUGGUGAAAAUAGAUUAAGUAAACGAAAGCUGGAACAUGAAUUGGUAAAUGAAGAAGAUGGGCCAAAAAAAGCCAGAAAGUUGGAAAAUCGAAAAGGGAACGAAGAGCAUUAUAAAUAA